AUCUCCUCGGGCCAUAAAUGGGAAGAGAGGACGGGCCCUUUGGAGGAAGAAAUUAGCUGUGCCGUGCUCAGUGAGAGCUAGGAGCUGGCGACCUGGACGGAGCUAACGGCCCUCCCGCACACCCUGUGUGAACGAACGCCGCUGCGAUGUCUCUGGUGGCGCUACCCUUCUACCAGAAGAGACACAAGCACUUCGACCAGUCGUACCGCAGCAUUCAGACGCGAUACCUCCUGAAUGAGUACGCCUCCAGGAAGCGUGCGUCAUCCCAGACGUCCGCCCAGAGCUCCCUCCAGCAGCGGUCAUCGGCACAGAGCACGUCCAGCCGGUCCUCUGCCCGGGGGGCCACCUGCCAGCUCUGUGCGAAGCGGGCGAGCGCGUCCGAAGAGGAGGAACGGGAGCAUGAGCACAGGUACCACUCCCAGGCCGCUGCGUACGGCGAGGCCAAGAGGCAGCGCUUCCUGGGAGAGCUGGCGCAGCUGGGGGAGAGCGUGCAGCAGGCCCGCUCUCAGGCCCGCACCACGCUGGAUCAGUACUCUUUGCAGCGCUCGGUAGGGGACAGGCUGGAGUGGGAGAGACACGCCUUCGAGGAGCGGAUGAGCAGGGCCCCGGAGAUCCUGGUGCGGCUGCGCUCCCACACCAUCUGGGAGAAGAUGUCUGUGAGGCUCUGCUUCACCGUGCAAGGCUUCCCCACGCCCGUGGUGCAGUGGUACAAAGAUGGAAGUUUGAUCUGCCAGGCAGGAGAGCCAGGCAAGUACAGGAUCGAGAGCAACUACGGGGUGCACACACUGGAGAUCAACAGGCCAGGCCAGUGUGAUGAAGCAGUGGCUGCAGGGUGCUCUGCCUCCUCCUCCCCGUCUGCGCUGGCUUUCCAACACGUGCAGCGGCCUGCUGGAGGGUGUUUGCAUGAAGGCGUGGCAGCGUCAUUGUUUGGAGGACGAUUUCGAGGGGACGAGGAGCCAUUCCACUCCGUGGGACUCCCGAUCGGACUGCCCCUGUCGACGGUGAUUCCGUACACACACUUUGAUGUGCAGUUCUUGGAGAAAUUCGGGGUCACCUUCAGAAGAGAAGGGGAGACUGUCACACUCAAGUGCACACUGCUGGUGACACCAGACUUAAAGAGGGUGCAUCCGCGGGCCGAGUGGUACCACGAUGGUAAGUGUCAUGGACGCCAGUACCACAGCAAUGAGUACCACACAGCCCAGGCCACGGGCCGAGCUGCCACGGCUGUCAGCACCGUGCUGGUGAGUGCUGCGGCCGCCGUCCAGGCUGGCAUGGCCGUGGAUGGGGGCCCCAGUGCUGAGGCCCCCGGGCAGGAACUGUCUCUGAGCAUCAGCACGGAUGUGGCCUUCACCUCCACCUGCUACCAACCUGCCAGAGUAAAACCUAGGAUGCGCUGGUGGCUGGGAGCGGGCAGAGGGAGUCUGAACUCCGCAGCCUUGGCCCUGGCCUCGCACACUAGUGACGUGCACACGUCUCCAGAUGCCGACCCGCCAGUCACCGGGGCCCCCGGGGCCCCCAUGGACCUAAAGUGCCACGACGCGAACCGUGACUAUGUCAUUGUCACUUGGAAGCCGCCCAACACGACCACCGAGAGCCCGGUCAUCGGCUACUUCAUCGACCGGUGUGAAGUGGGCACGAGUAACUGGGUUCAGUGUAAUGAUGCCCCGGUGAAGAUCUGCAAGUACCCUGUCACGGGGCUUUUUGAGGGACGGUCUUACGUGUUCCGGGUGAGGGCGGUCAACAGCGCAGGCGUCAGCCGGCCCUCCAGAGUCUCCGAGGCGGUGGCUGCCCUCGACCCCACUGACCUCAAAAGGUUACAAGCUAUUCAUCUGGAGGGAGAGAAAGAGAUCGUGAUCUACCAGGAUGACCUUGAAGGUGACGUGAACAUUCCUGGCCCUCCCACAAAUGUGCAAGCCUCAGAGGUCAGCAGGAACUAUGUCGUCCUCAGCUGGGAGCCCCCGAGCCCCCGUGGGAAGGAUCCCUUAAUGUACUUCAUUGAGAAGUCCGCAGUGGGCAGCGGCAGCUGGCAGCGCGUCAACGCCCAGACGGCCGUGAGGUCUCCUCGGUAUGCCGUCUUCGACCUCGCUGAGGGGAAACCCUAUGUGUUCCGGGUGUUGUCAGCGAACAAGCAUGGCCUCAGCGACCCAUCGGAGAUCACGGCCCCCAUCCAGGUGCAGGAUUCCAUCGCUGUCCCUUCCUCCCCUGGCCGUGUGCUUGCUUCCCGGAACACCAAGACGUCGGUGGUGGUGCAGUGGGACAGACCCAAGCAGGAAGAGGACCUGCUGGGCUACUACGUGGACUGCUGUGUGGCCGGGACCAACCAGUGGGAGCCGUGCAACCACAAGCCCAUCGGCUACAACAGGUUUGUGGUGCACGGGCUGAGCACGGGCGAGCAGUACAUCUUCCGGGUCAAGGCCGUCAACGCUGUGGGGGCCAGCGAGAACUCGCAGGAGUCGGAGGUCAUCAAGGUCCAGGCUGCCCUCACCGCUCCGUCUCACCCGUACGGGAUCACGCUGCUGAACUGUGACGGCCUGUCCAUGACGCUCGGCUGGAAGGUGCCCAGGUUCAGCGGCGGCUCGGCCAUCCUGGGGUAUUACCUGGACAAGCGGGAGGCUCUGCAUAAGAACUGGCACGAGGUCAACCCUUCACCCGUCCAGGACAGGAUCUUCACGGUUGGUCCCGCCUACGACCUGACGUUCUGCGAGGUCCGGAACACCUCGCUGGUCAUGCUGUGGAAGGCCCCGGUGUACGCCGGCAGCAGCCCAGUCUCGGGGUACCUUGUGGACUUCAAGGAAAAGGAUGCCGGUGAAUGGAAGACCGUGACUGAGGCGGCGACUCCGAAUCGCUAUCUGAAGGUGUGUGGCCUGCAGCAGGGCCAGACCUACGUCUUCAGAGUCCGCGCGGUGAACGCCAGCGGGCCCGGGAAGCCCUCAGACACCUCGGAGCCAGUGUUGGUGGAGGCCCGGCCAGGCACCAAGGAGGUCAGCGCCGGUGUGGACGAGCAGGGUGACAUCUACCUGGAGUUUGACUGCCAGGAAAUGACCGACGCCUCCCUGUUCACGUGGUGCAAGUCCUACGAAGAGAUCGCCGACGAGGACAGGUUCAGGGUCCACACGGAGGGCGAUCGCUCACGUCUGUACUUUAUGGCUCCAGAUAAAGUGGACAUAGGGACCUACUCCGUGUCCGUAAGUGACACGGAUGGUGUGUCCUCCAGCUUUGUUUUGGAUGAAGAAGGUAAGAGCAUCAUGGCACAGACCCGUUGUCCGGCCCCUCUCUCCCCAGCCCUCCCUCUGAAGUCGGACUUAGCCUAUGAGAUUUUAGAAAAGGGCCAGGUUCGCUUCUGGCUGCAGGCCGAGCCGCUGUCUGCGGACGCCAGCUUCCGCUUCGUGGUGAAUGACAGGGAAGUCUCGGACAGCGAGACACACAGAAUUAAAUGUGACAAGUCAACCGGACUUAUAGAGAUGGUGAUGGACCGAUUUACCAUUGAAAAUGAAGGCACCUACACCGUGCAGAUCCAAGACGGGAAGGCCAAAAGCCAGUCUUCUCUGGUCCUUAUUGGAGAUGCAUUCAAGGCUGUCCUAGAAGAGGCUGAAUUUCAGAGGAAAGAAUUCCUCAGGAAGCAAGGCCCUCACUUUGCCGAGUAUUUGCAUUGGGAUGUCACCGACGAGUGUGAAGUCCGCCUCCUCUGUAAGGUCGCCAAUACCAAGAAAGAGACGGUGUUCAAGUGGCUCAAGGACGAUGUUCUGUAUGAGACGGAGACGCUGCCGGACCUGGAGAGAGGCGUCUGUGAGCUGCUCAUACCCAAGCUGUCCAAGAAGGACCAUGGCGAAUACAAGGCAACUUUGAAAGAUGACAGAGGUCAAGACGUGUCCAUCCUGGAAAUAGCAGGCCAAGUGUACGAGGACAUGAUCUUGGCGAUGAGUCGAGUCUGUGGAGCGUCCGCCUCCCCGCUGAAGGUUCUCUGCACCCCAGAGGGAAUCAGACUCCAGUGUUUCAUGAAGUACUUCACAGAAGAAAUGAAAAUCAACUGGUAUCACAAAGAUGCCAAGAUCUCCUCGAGUGAGCACAUGCGUGUCGGAGGGAGUGAGGAGAUGGCGUGGCUGCAGAUCUGCGAGCCCUCGGAAAAGGACAAGGGGAAGUACACCUUCGAGAUUUUCGAUGGCAAGGACAACCACCAGCGUUCCCUGGACCUGUCUGGGCAGGCCUUUGAUGAAGCAUUUGCGGAAUUCCAGCAACUCAAGGCCGCCGCGUUUGCCGAGAAGAACCGGGGCAAGGUGAUCGGCGGCUUACCCGACGUGGUGACCAUAAUGGAGGGCAAGACUUUGAACCUGACCUGCACGGUGUUUGGAAACCCCGACCCGGAAGUGGUUUGGUUCAAGAACGACAAGGACAUCGAGCUGAGCGAGCACUUCGCGGUGAAGGUGGAGCAGUCCAAGUACGUCAGCCUCACCAUCAGCGGGGUCACCGCCGAGGACUCGGGCAAGUACAGCAUCAACGUCAAGAACAAGUACGGAGGGGAGAAGAUCGACGUCACUGUCAGCGUGUACAAGCACGGGGAGAAGAUUCCAGAGCUCUCUGCACCGCAGCAGGCCAAGCCGAAGCUCAUCCCCGCAUCCACCUCUGCGGAAUGAG